GGCUUGCUACUUGAGUGUUAGCUAAGUUAGCCAUGAGGAGGAGGAGGAUGAGAAGGCGCUACAGUGUCAGAUUUAAUGUUGCUGCGUAACGUUACAUAACUUCUUAAGGCACAGCAAACCACAAAGUGACUUUUGGUGAUUUGUCAGUGUCUUAAUGGAGACACAGAUCCUACAAGGCUACCACUCCUGCGGCUCACUGCUAACUGGAAGAGAGGACUUGUAGGACAGCAAAUAAUUUGCAGAUGUUGUGAAAGUAAUCUUCAGCCUCAAUGUCGUUAUAUCUAUUAAUUCAUGUAACUGAAAUGUCUUUUUUUAAAUGUGGGAUCUUGUGGCCCUCAUAUAGUCUCUGACUGACCUACAGGUGUAUUAUGAUUAAAUUCAGUUGGGACAUUGGGGUUACUCUAGUCACUCUAGCUGGUAUUGUUUAUGUUUGUUUGUAUCAUAUUGUUGUAUGUUUAAAAACCUUUCUCAACUAUGUUGACCCCUCCCUAACUUUCACGGGUGAAUGAUUCCUGCAUAGUCUUGAGUCAUGUUUGCAGAGAGACUAUAGAAAACCAGUCAGAGCUUCCCAUUUCAUCCUCGGAGGUUAAGUAGCACUGCCCUGGCUGCUGCCAGGCACGCUGCCUCAGUGAAAGCUGGUUGAUAACCGGGACUAAUCUUCAUGGCUGUCAGUGAUAAGACCGGUGCAAUUGAUUGAUAAAGCAGCGCUCCUCCACAUGCUAUCUGUCAUUUUAGGUGCAACCUGCAAUUAAUUAUUUAAUACCAUGCAAUUUGCAACACUUUAUUUCUUUUUUGCAACACAGAAAUUAUAUUUUGGUCUUUUUGGUCUCCAGGUAACAGUGAUAUAUUUAUACGUUAUCCUUCCAGUCAGUCACAGAUCUUUCUUUAUAAAGCAGCCCUACCCAAAGAUGUUUUCUAAAGGUUGGAGACAUUUCGUCCUCUCAUUUAUUCAGGCUGGAGUCAUUACUGACUCACAACUUUAUUCCCUAUUGUCAAAACGUCAAGGUAUGGUCAACAGAAGAAGAUUAAGUCCUGCUAAAUUAUAUUUUUCAGUUAGAUUCUUAAACGUACGCUGGACAAACUGUUUACUGUAGCUGUAACAUUUCUGUGGUUAGAGAAGAGGGACAUGAAGCUCAGCCGUUCACUCCCCCUGAGCCGGUUGGUCGGUUCAGUAGGAGGCGGACAGUUUAAAGAUUCAGUUGGUCAUCUUAACAGGAACACAUGAUGGCAGUAAAGAGAGAGCAGGUUCAUUGAUCUAUAAUGAAAAAACACUGUUUGUUAGACGUAGACACUCUCUGACAAAACCUGUAUUCAGCAGGGCAGUUACAUGUCUUUGCAAGCUUAUCUUAACUUGUAGUACAGUUUGCACAUUCCUCUUGUCAGACCGACUGUACAUUCUGAUUCAGUGCUCAUUUUAAACACGUGGCAAUGUGACAUAAGGAUAUGAAGCUGCUGAAUUCUUCAACAGUUAUGUAAUGUGAUAUGGAUAGGAAAAACAUUAACCACCAGCCAAAUGCUGGUAAAUGUUUUUUGUGCUGUGAAGGCUGGGUUUGUCUGGGACACGCAUGGAGUCAAAAGGUCAGUUGGAAGGGCCUCAAGAUGAUUGACUAUAAGAAAGAGGAAAAACGUUCCAGGAAUACUAGAGAUGCACAGAUUGCAAUUUUCUUGGCCGAUUCCAAGUUUUUAAAAGUCUGACGUGCCGAUUUUGAUUUUCUAUCUUUCUAAGAACUUGAAUUUGACAUAAUACACAAACUUUUCUUUAAUGGAAAUGCUUUUCUUCUUACUUUCUUUAUUAGGAUCCCCGUUAGCACCAGCAUAAGCAUUGGCUAUUCUUCCUGGUGUCCAUUCAAUUGUAUGCUCAUAAUAAAGCACUAACUGUUAAAUAAUUUGUACAUUUUCUCCAAUACUGCCAUUCCUCCCUCUAAAACAAAUAUCAAAAUAAAAAAGUCAGGCUACUGGAGAGCGCUGUUUUAAAAUGCACAUAAAAUCCAACUGACAUUAUACUGCAGUAAAACAUAGCACAGCGUUUCCCACACAGUGACAAUAGUAGUGAACUGCGCACACCUACACCUCUUACUGCACACACACCAGCUUGCCACACCUCGCCUCUUUUUGUUUCUCUCUCCCUUUAUCUCUCUGCUCUGUUGACUUAAUUCGUCAGCAGUUUGUUUUAUAAAGUCGCCCCAAAAAACACAACUCACAUUUUGGAUUUUUUCACCCGCAAUUCCAGCAGCAGCAGCAGCAGAACAUCAGUGCAAUGUUGCUUCUCAGACGCUGCCACAGCCUGACUCGAUUUGGCCCUCUCAACACUCAAAGGCAUCAAGUGGCACCCGGCGUGGCAUCGUGUGCAGCUCGUCUCUGGAGCAGCAGUGAGGACCAGAGAUCACACCAGCGAACCCACGGCCCCAGCUGGAGACAUGCCCUGGCAGGACUGCUGGCUGGUACAGGAGCUGUGCUGGCUUAUGGCCUCCACCACCACAAGGCUGAGCAGGCAAACACCAUUAGAGUGCAGACCAUAGAGAAGACCUCAGCUCUCCCCACUUUCACCCAGGAAGAGGUCACCAGACACCGCUCUCUGCAAGAUGGCGUGUGGGUCACUUACAAAGGUGGCGUCUAUGACAUCACUGAGUUUGUGGCCAUGCACCCCGGUGGGGAUAAAAUCUUGUUGGCGGCAGGUGGAGACCUUGAACCCUUUUGGGCGCUGUAUGCUGUUCACAAACAGGAACAUGUGCUGGAAAUCCUCUCAGAGUAUAAGGUCGGUGAGCUGAGUGCAGAAGACCUGAAGAAGCAGCAGGCCGUUCAGACGUCUGACCCCUACUCUUCCGACCCUAAGCGUCACCCGGUCCUGCGCAUCAACAGCCUCAAACCCUUCAAUGCUGAGCCACCUCCUGAAAUCCUCUCUGACAGCUUCAUCACCCCCUCCGCUAUCUUCUUCAAAAGAAACCACCUGCCAGUUCCCCAGGUGGACCCGGCUUCAUAUGAGCUGCACGUGGCGGGGCUACACGGAGGAGUGCUGUCGCUGUCUUUAGAAGAGCUGAAGACUCGAUUCCCCAAACACACGGUCACUGCCACGCUGCAGUGUGCCGGUAACCGCCGCUCUGAGAUGAAUAAGGUCAAGCAGGUGAAAGGACUGAACUGGGGCAUCGCUGCGAUCAGUAACGCUACGUGGAGCGGUGCGAGGCUCAGGGAUGUGCUGCUGGCAGCGGGUUACAGGCCAGAUGUGGCCCAGUGGGCAUCCCAUGUUCACUUUGAAGGACUGGACAAAGACGCGACCGGGACUGCCUACGCUGCUUCCAUCCCUCUAAACAAGGCAGUUAGUGAGGAAGGUGAUGUGCUGCUGGCUUACGAAAUGAACGGCGAGGAUCUCCCUGCCGACCACGGGUACCCUGUCCGGGUUGUGGUUCCAGGCAUAGUGGGGGCGCGCAACGUUAAGUGGCUAGGGAAGAUCAUAGUGAGUGCAGAAGAAAGCAGCAGCCACUGGCAGCAGAACGACUACAAGGGCUUCUCCCCUGGGACCGACUGGGACAAUGUGGACUUCAAGUCUGCCCCGGCCAUCCAAGAGCUGCCCAUUCAGUCGGCUAUCACCACACCAGCAGACGGCACUGUGGUUGAUCGCAGUGUUAACGAGUUGACGGUGAAGGGUUACGCCUGGAGUGGCGGGGGCAGAGAGGUGGUACGUGUAGAUGUUUCUCUGGAUGGUGGAAAGACGUGGCAGGUGGCCCAGCUGAGGAGCAGCGAGACGGGACAAGCGCCAGAACCCUCGCCCCCACUGGGACGGGCCUGGGCUUGGAAGCUGUGGGAGAUAACGGCUCCUCUUCCUCCUGAGGCCCAGGAGCUGGAGAUAGUCUGCAAGGCGGUCGACAACAGUUACAACAUGCAGCCGGACACAAUUCCUCCCAUCUGGAACCUGAGGGGCGUACUGAGUAACGCCUGGCACAGAGUGAAGGUGAAGAUCAACGAGGAUGAGAGCAAGAAAUAGACUCCGUGGCUUGAUCCACAUUCAAAAUCCAAAAGGUUUACGCCUCAAACGGUGUCACCAGAGGGGACAGUUUUAAAUCUGUCACAAAAACAAAAACACUGCUGCACAAUAUUUUGAAGUAAAACAACAAAUACACACAAUACGGGAUUUUUUGACGCACAGCCUCAAAGUAUUUAUUCCGUCACGUUGCCUGUGAGAUUUGAAAGAUUUCAGCGCUGCAUACCUCAAGCAAAUCUAAAGGCUGUAAAUGACUAUACCAAAACAUGUGCAGCUAUUUUCAAGUGUUGAUUCCCUUACACUUUGGUCCAAAGUGAACACAAGAUUCAGUUAAUUCUGAGUGGUUGUAGAAGAAAAGAAGAAUUUAUUUUUGCAGACAGCACUGACAUUCUUAAUGCUGAAGAUGUACACACAAUUACCCUUAAAUUCAUCAUCAUUGAAAAUCUUAAUUUUAGAUAAUAUGAAAUGUUUUGACUGUUCACUUUAGAGAGAACAACUUACUAAGACUGGAAUCAAGUUGAAACAUUUAAAACAUUGUGAGCAUUUGUUUAUGUGCAGCUAUGCACACGAUGCUGAUUAAUAACCUUUUCUAGGAGACGUUUGAGGAACUUCAAGGAAAAUAAUUGGGAGCAGCUGUCAGUGGUUUAGAUUAUCUAUUCUUGUUUUUAGUCUGCAAAUCGGAGGUGACCUGUGACCCCACCUGUUUGAUAUGACGUACCACACCUCACUAUAGAGAUAAAUGUAGCUAGAGUUAGCCGUGUUUCUGUCGCAACACUACUGCACAAUGCAGAAGUCUGACUCAUUGAGAUUUUUAGUCAUAUUAAUGUUGAUUCAUUGAAGUCAUAUGGCCAGUUGAAUCUGUCAAAGUUGCUGAAUUCCUGUCAAGCCAAAUAGCCCUGUGAUCAGCACUUACAUUGCACUGUCUGUGGAAAAUGAACCUUAUUGUUGAAGAUGGUGAAUAAAGAGCUCUAAUUUUACACUGAUGUUUUUCUGCUAAAAACUUGUGAAGUGUCAGUGCUGUACAGCAAAUCUUUGAUUAGCUCUUGUUUUGUUUGCGGAAAUAAAAAAUAGUCAGCUGUA